AGGACUCUAAACGACCAUAAUAAGUAUCGUACACCAUUUUAAUAAAUAUUUAUCACUGAAAUAAGAGAUCCCAACUUAUACAAUGGAUAAUAACGAGAAUACCUACAAUCCGGAGGAGGACUUUCCGGAGGUGUACAAGGUCUGCAAGCUGUUCAGACCGACCGACGACGACCUCGAGAAGAUGCGGAACCUGAUGGACCGCGAGAUUCACAUGGGACUGAGUCGCGAUCACCACGAUCGCUCGACGGUUCCCUGCCACAUGAGCUAUGUGCAGGAUUUGCCGUCGGGCAGGGAGCGCGGUCAGUUUCUGGCCCUCGAGAUGAUGCCCACGAACUGCAGGAUAAUGCUGGUGAAGUUCAGCAGCGAAAAGGACAUCUACACGAGUUCCAAGUGCGUGAUAAUGCCGCACACAGUGGCGGCGGGCAGGGGCACCGAGGUCUUCAGCUUCCUGGCCACGAGUAUUGCGAAUUUCGUGAAGGAGAAGAAGGUGGAGAAGGAUAACCUACCUCUCGGCAUUGCCUUUGCCUUCACGCUCAACAAACUGGCCUUGGAUGUGGGCAUCCUGGUUUCGUGGACCAAGGAGUUCGGGGCCCAGGGCGUCAUUGGCAAGGAUGUGGUUCAAUUGCUGCGCGAUGCUCUGGCCAAGUUCCCCGAAAUAUCCGUCGAAGUCAUGGGGAUUAUCAAUGUGGGAGCUGGAUCGCUUCUGGCCCUUUGUUGGGCCCAACCGGAUACCCGAAUUGGCCUGAUAAUGGGCAGCAUUGCCAAUUCCUGCUACGUGGAGCGGGUGGAAAAGUGCGAAAUGUACAAUGGUGAGGCGGAUCGGCGCAUAAUGAUCAUCAAUUCGGAUUGGGCGCAUUUCGGGGACAAUGGACAACUGGAUUUCGUGCGCAACGAAUUCGAUCGCCAGCUGGACAGCGAGUCUAUAAAUCCGGGAUCCAGGACCUACGAGAAGUUCAGCGGAGCUCUCUGCAUGGGGGAACUUGUUCGCAUUAUAAUAGUUCGCCUGAUGAGAUCGGGAGCCAUUUUCGCGGAUGACCGACGUGAUUAUAUAGGGAUUCAGUGGAAAUUGGAUAUGGUUUCGCUGAUCGAAAUAGUCUCGGACCCCCCAGGAGUCUAUACGAAGGCCCAGGAGGUGAUGGACAAGUUCCGGAUUCGUCACUGCAAGGAGCGGGAUCUGGCCGCCCUGAAAUAUAUCUGCGAUGCGGUCACCAAUCGAGCUGCUAUGUUCGUGGCCAGCGGUGUGUCGUGCCUCAUAAAUCGCAUGCGACUGCCCAAAAUCUCCAUUGCCGUCGAUGGUGGCAUCUAUCGCCUCCAUCCGACCUUUGCCACGGUACUGAACAAGUACACCCACAUGCUCACGGAUCCCAGGAACAAAUUCGAGUUCGUCAUCACCCAGGACAGUUGCGGCGUGGGAGCGGCCAUCAUGGCUGGAAUGGCUCAUGCCAGCAAGUACAAAACGGACGCCAAGCUGUUCCUUAUGGAUUACUAG